CUGCAUUUAUCAUGGAAAUUUGAUUUGUUCUCCUUUCUUUGGCCUCUGAAGACUCACYUUUGGGUAUAAAUAUCUGAGGCAGAAGUGAGCAGGACAGCACUAAGGAGCACAUUCAGAUGAGUGAUGGAUGUUCUCCAACUUUUCCUUCUGUUCCUGUUUGUGCUUCACAUGACAUUGAGCAAACACAUCGUUCACAGAAAUCUGUUUACACAACGAGUGUGCUGCAAGAGGCAGAGUCACUUUGUGUACAUUGGGCAAGACAUUUCAGGGAGUCCUGUCAGCGUAGAUGUGGGAAUGUGCAGGUCACGUUGUGGGAUGGCCAUAAGGUCACCGCAUGAAGCAAGACAGCAGGAAUACUCAAAACAUUCCUCCAUGCUGGAAUUUCUGAGGAGCAAGAGGACGCGGACGCACGGCCCGGCUGCCCCGGUGAUCUCAGAGCCGCUGACCCGGCUGCCCUCCUGCGGGGCGAACCAGAUGUGCGAGCCGACGGGGAUGCRAGUAGAGCGGCUGCUGCUGUUCGAGGGGCCCCGGGAGGUGGAGGUCAUCGAGGAGUGCCACUGUGAGGUCGAGCUGACCCAGUGCAUCCGAGUCCCAGCUCUGAGGACUUACUACAUYGAAACACCGUAUGCGACGGUAAUAGACGUGGGAGGAUGUUCCCGCUCUAAAGGAACCCCAGAGGGUGUUUCCUGCGUCCCCACCAAGUUUGACUCAGCGCUGCUGGAAACUCCCAACGGAGUGGAUGUGAUCCAGACCGUGUCGGCCUGCGAGCUGAAGGAAAGCUGCUACAGGGUCCCCCAUGUGGAGCACUUCUAUGAAACAGUCCAGCAUGCAGAGGGACUCAAAGAAGAGAGGCUCAAAGAAGUAGAUGUGGGCAGAUGUUCGGGAGGUUGCACAACAGGAAACCGAUGCCUUCUCAGGAGUCCAUCAGAUCUGGGAAACUGCCUGCUGUGGUMMGACAGACAGUCCAGUUCCUGYGYUCCUCAAGGAUACGAGAGCCACAGCUUCAUCAACCAGCAUGAGCAGCUUCGUACCGUCCUCUCCAUCACCUCCUGCCGCUGCCAAAACUGAGCACAGCGCCCUCUGCUGGAAAGCAGCCUCCACAGUAACUUCUGGAGAUUGACCAAACUCUUGUCAAAACUUUAGGGUUUUAUAUGUAAUAUAUGUAUAUGUGAUAGUUUUGUAAAUAAAAUUAAUAACACAAAAUGAUAA